CGCAACUGCUGUGACAUGAUGACUGUAGUACACACGGCAUGAGAGGACACGGACCGGGGAUGCUCACCGAAAUAAUGUGGAAUUACUGACAAAAUCUGACUGCAGUUGUGUGACGUCGUAGCUGGACAUACAAGGAGUAGACAUACGUCAAUAACUUAGCAGCUGACAAAACCAUGUUUCGGCAAACGAAGACAGUCCUCCAGAAACUUCGAUAUGUAACAUUGAAUGGACGGCAGCGUACGUGGAGGCCGAACAGCACCUCAGCGAGAGAGAGAGCCGUUCACUACCAGCCAGGACAGAACAUCCACGGCUUUACAGUCAGAGAGGUCGUAGCGGUUCCUGACUUGUUUCUCACAGCAGUGAAGUUGACCCACGAUAAAACUGGAGCUCAGUACCUCCAUGCAGCCAGAGAUGACUCCAAUAACCUCUUCAGUGUCCAGUUCAGGACGACCCCCAUGGACAGCACAGGCGUCCCACACAUCCUGGAGCACACGGUGCUGUGUGGAUCUCAGAAGUAUCCCUGCAGAGAUCCUUUCUUCAAGAUGCUCAACAGAUCCCUGUCCACCUUCAUGAACGCUUUCACAGCCAGUGAUUACACCAUGUAUCCGUUCUCAACCCAAAACGGGAAGGACUUCCAGAAUCUUUUGUCCGUUUAUCUGGACGCAGUUUUCUUCCCUUGUUUACGAGAGCAGGAUUUCAGGCAGGAGGGCUGGAGGCUGGAGAACGAAGACCCCGCAGAUCCCAGCACCCCUCUGGUGUUUAAAGGAGUCGUGUUCAAUGAAAUGAAGGGGGCUUUUUCGGAAAACGAGCGCUUGUACGCCCAGCACCUGCAGAACAAGCUGUAUCCAGACCACACCUACUCCGUGGUGUCCGGAGGAGAGCCUCUGGCCAUCCCCGACCUGACCUGGGAGCAGCUCAGGCAGUUCCACGCCACACAUUACCACCCCAGCAACGCCAGGUUCUUCACGUAUGGAGAUUUGCCUCUGGAGCAGCACCUGAAGCAGAUUGAAGAGGAAGCUCUGUCCAAGUUUGAAUGCAUCAACCCGAACACAGAAGUUCCCUCUCAGCCGCGCUGGAGCCGCCCUAGAGAGGACCAUGUGACCUGCAGCCCGGACCCUCUGGCUCCAGAUCCAGCCAGGCAGAACACGCUGUGUGUGAGCUACCUGCUGGGAGACAUCACUGACACAUUUGAAGGAUUCACUCUCAGCCUGCUGUCGUCUCUCAUGGUCUCCGGGCCCAACUCUGCCUUCUACAAAUCUCUCAUCGAACCCAAGAUCGGAUCCGACUUCUCCUGUGUGGUCGGAUACGAUGGCAGCACCAAAGAGGCGUCGUUCAGCAUCGGACUGCAGGGGAUGGCUGAGGAGGACACCGAGCGGGUGAAACAAAUCAUCAGCCAAACCGUCGAUGACAUUAUAGAGAGUGGCUUUGAGGAGGAAAGAAUCGAGGCUCUCCUCCAUAAGAUUGAGAUCCAGAUGAAACACCAGACCACCAACUUCGGCCUUUCUCUGGCCUCGUACAUAGCAUCAGCGUGGAACCACGAUGGCGACCCUGUGGGGCUGCUGCAGAUCAACGAAAGUGUUUCACAGUUCAGACAAGCCUUGAAAGAAAACCCUCGCUUCCUCCAGGACAAAGUCAAGCAGUACUUUAAGGAGAACACACACAGACUGACCCUGUCCAUGAGUCCGGACGAGGCCUACGUGGAGAAUCAGGCCCGGGCUGAGGAGGAGAAGCUUCAGCAAAAGGUCCUGGAUCUGUCUGAAGGUGACAGAAAGGAAAUCUAUGAGAAAGGUCUGGAGCUGCUGGCCGCUCAGACUAAAACCCAGGAUGCCUCCUGUUUGCCUGCACUCAAAGUGUCCGACAUCGAGCCCACGAUAGCCUUCACUCCUGUUCACGUCGGCACUGCAGGAGGUGUUCCAGUUCAGUUCUGCGAGCAGCCCACCAACGGUUUGGUUUACUUCAGAGCCAUGUGCAGCCUCAACACCCUGCCAGAGGACCUCAGGCUUUACGUCCCGCUCUUCUGCAGUGUCAUUACCAAGAUGGGCUGUGGAGCUCUGGACUACAGGCAGCAGGCCCAGCAGAUGGAGCUGAGGACGGGGGGCAUGUCUGUCUCCCCCCAGGUCAUCCCCGACUCCACCCAUCUGGACAUGUACGAGCAGGGGGUCCUCCUGUCCUCCUCCUGCCUGGAGAGGAACCUCCCUCACAUGUUUCAGCUGUGGAGCGACAUAUUCAACAGCCCCCACUUUGAUGCGGAGGAGCGCCUCAGGGUGCUGGUGAUGAUGUCAGCACAGGAGCUGGCCAACGGGAUCUCGUACUCUGGUCAUGCGUACGCGAUAACCCGAGCGGGCCGCCACCUGACUCCAGCAGGAGACCUCCAGGAGACGUUUGGUGGGAUGGAUCAGGUGAAGUUCAUGAAGAGGAUAGCUGAGAUGUCGGACCUGAGCCAAGUCAUCCGAACUCUGCCCAGGAUCAAGAAACACCUUCUGAACCCUGACAACAUGAGGUGUGCAGUGAACACAACUCCACAGAAAAUGUCUGACACAGCAGCACAGUUGGAGAGUUUCAUGAAAGAGAUCACUGAAAACAGAAGAGAACGCAGAGCCGUCAGAGCCGCUGUCGUCGAGAGGCCACUGGACCCCCUGGAUGAGUCCGGACCGACUAGGAAGCUCAUCUCUGAGCCGAAUUUCCAUCCGUGUCAGAUGAAAACUUUCUUCCAGAUGCCGUUUCCUGUCAACUUUAUUGGCGAGAGUAUUCGCACGGUGCCGUUCACUCACGACGACUACGCCAGUUUGUGCGUCCUGGCGAGGUUGAUGUCGGCGAAAUUUCUUCAUGGAGAGAUCCGGGAGAAGGGAGGAGCCUACGGGGGCGGGGCCAGGAUGGGAGGAGGUCUUUUCUCCUUCUACUCCUACAGGGACCCGAACUCGGUGCAGACCUUGUCGGCGUUUCGUAAAGGUGUGGACUGGGCGAAGUCGGGACAGUUCACCCAGCAGGACAUCGAUGAAGCCAAGCUGUCCGUCUUCUCGUCUGUCGACUCGCCUGUGGCCCCCGCCGACAAAGGGAUGAGUCGCUUCCUCAGCGGAGUCACAGACCAGAUGAAACAGAACCACAGAGAACGACUCUUCGCCGUCAGUCACAGAAGCCUGGUGGAAGCGGCCGAAAGAUACCUCGGUGUCGGUCAGAGGACGUGUGGCGUCGCCAUCCUGGGCCCAGAGAACGAGACCAUCAAAAAAGAUCCCUCAUGGAUUGUAAAAUAAUCCAAUCAGUGGGUAUUUAACAUUUCAAAUCUAAGUGAAACAUUGAAGCUGAAGCACACAACACCGGGAGCAGGACUGUGGCCCGAUCAGUUUCUUCUGGUCCCAGUCUGAUUCUUCAGAUUAAUCCUCUUCUUGCUGUGUAUCCCGUUAUGUACAUAUUUAUAAAAAUGUGACAAUUACACGAUCAUGUUGAGAUACAA